CAGUCAUUAAUGAACAAAGAGCUGAUAUUGAUUUAGCUUUGAACAUAAAAAUCAUAAUGACCGAAACUAGAACAAAAUGUCUAGAACUUUUGGAUGUAGAAGUUUCCAUAGCUACACUGAUUGUAUGUAUUGAAGACAGCUUUUGCCAUUCCUUAAUGGAGCAUAUAAAACGGUUUAGACUGUUUCCGUUUGACCACUUAGCCCAGGAUGACAUUGUACCAGAAAUGUUUCUGCCGUUACAUUUUCGAGCAUAUCCUCAAGCGGCACACAAUCAGUUAACGUUUAGAAAUUUAACAAUAAAACCAUUCACACUCGAAUUGAGCCUUCGUUGGAAAGCUAUGUGCCAUUUGUGUUUUAACCGACUGCAGUUGGGUUUUUUACAAUUCAAGAAGCUUAAUAUGAAAGCAUCACAAAAGCAAUUGAUUUCGUGCAUGUUAAUACAUUAUUAUACCACAUUAAUAAAAAAUGUCGGUCAAGUUUUAAGUUCAGUCGAGUUGUUCGGGGCGCCGAGAAACUUGGCUAAUACCAUCGAAGAAGGACUGUACGACUUCCUCAAUUUCACUGCCAAAGGAAUAAAUCGAGGUUAUUUAGGGUUAUUUUAUGGAAUUGCCGAAGGAUCUAAAUCAUUAAUAACUAAGGUAACAUGUGGAUUGUUGUUAUCAAUUUUCGGAUUCACAUCUAGUUGGUCGCAAAUGUUUAACGGAUUCAAAAGUUUUCGGAGCAUUUCAAUUGUGAUCGCAAAAUGCUUGGAAGCGAUUGCAAUUUUAAGCAAAUUGUGCCUAAGGAGUAUACAGUGGAAACCAACUUCGAAUGUAACACUAAAAACAUAAUAAUAACAAAUGUGUCGUUAACGAUUUUGAUUUUUUCCAUAUAAUUUC